CAACUACACUCAGGUUUCAGUAUAGAUUACUAUAGAUUAUAGUACAGUGUGCGUCAGUUAAUAGGCUCUUAAAUUUUGAAGAGAUUUGGUUUUAUUUGAAUUAAUAGGUGACGUAAUCAUGGCUAAAGAUUUUGUUAAAUACGAUUUUGCGGUUGUUAAAGGAAAUAUAGACGCAACUUUUAAGGACACGUCAUCUUGUUUACUUAUAUGCCCAGACGGGUAUGAUAAACGGCAGGUGGUGGAUCAAUUUACUCAACUUCCAAGCAAAAAUGAAGAUGAGACCCAACUGUCAGGACAUCCCCUGAAAGUCGUGGCUGCUUUGGGUGAACUGAAGUAUGGACUUGUGUCUACUGUUCGAGAUGAAAAUGAGUUCUUUGUAUGGACAAUGCAGAAAAGAAGUGAUUUUGCCACAAAACUUAAGUAAAUAGAGCUACUUUGUUAAUAAAUUAUUUUCAUAAUUUUAGAAGGCAAAAAUUUGAUUUUGUUAUUUUAAGUACCUACCUACAUACACAUCUGUAAUCUGCAACUUGCUAAGUAAAUGUGACAAUAUAA